AUGCGUCCAAAAGCAUUCAAGAUUCAAAAUGAUAAUGUUCGCUCAACUAACGAUUACAAAGAUGAACCUCUCACAUGUGUGUAUGAAAUUUCGCUUGAACAGAUUCUGGCUGGUACUCAACGAGAACUAGCAAUCACACGUGAAAUUCGAAGCAGCGACGGAACAUUUAGCCAAGAUCGUCAAGUUUAUACGAUUAAAAUUGAACCUGGCUGCAAAGAAGGUCAUUGCAUUCGUUUGAAUGAAGUCGGUAAUAGAGAUCCAAUCAAUAUUCCAGCAGAUUUAUUCAUAACAAUUCUAUCGAAACCGCACCGUUUAUUCAAACGCAAUAAUGCCAAUUUGAUCUAUAUUAAAUCGAUCAGCUAUGCCGAUUCUCGUAGUGCUAAGGUAGUACAAGCCCCUCUAUUGGACGGAACCACGGCAUAUGUUGAUCCUAAAGGAACGAUUGACAUCGAUACAGAGCUGGUGCUUGAUAGAUAUGGUUUGCCAGAUCCCAGUAACAGUGGUGUACGUGGUCGUCUUCUCAUUCGCUUUGAUAUUCAAGCACCAGCAAAACAAAUUAACUGGCAGCCUAUCUCAACAAAUGAAAAAGUUGAAGAAAAUAUAAUUGAUAUACUUGAUUAA